AUGCACGUGGGGCCGUGUCGAAAAAAGGUGAGCCGCGCCAAAUGGAGGCCCGGCCAUCCCACCCAGAUCGCCACCGCACAGGUGCCCCCUCGCCUUGGAGACACCGACUACGCGAUCAUGGUGCACGACAUCACCGAUCCUGCGGUGCCCCACUUCGCCUUGUACGGGGGCGACGACAAGAAGAACGGUUUCUGCUGGCUGGACACGCCGCUCAACCUGGAGAGCCCGGGGGCCCCGUCGUCUAGUUUUUCCUCGGGGGUCGGCGGGGGGACCGGGUUUGCGGCAUCCAGCGAGAGUUGUGGUUUUUCGUCUGUUGCGGCGGAAAUGCUAGAGAGGCCUGAACUUGCGGGCUAGGCAAGACAAGCCACUACUCCCGAUUGUUGGUUUCGGUACGCUGGCAGAGGGUGUAUCGCUUCCAUCCUCCGGUAUAUCGUGUUUAUGCGAGAAUGGCGGCGAACAGAAUCUGCGCGCUAAACCAACUCACCACUUCCACAAAGCUUUACUUCUGGUUGUUGCUGUUGCUGUUGCUGAUGCUGCUGCCUGUGCUAACGCGUCUUUUUGCACCCGUGAGCUCGCAUCAAGGUUUCCAUCUCCUGCCCCGCUUUCCUUGAACGCUUCGUAGCACUUUGUUGUGGCGAGUAGGCGCAUGUACUGCACCCUAGCCCCUUUCCCCGUGCCUGCCUUUGGAACCAUGUAUGCAAGUUGUUCUUGUCUUGUUGCUGUUUUGAUGUGGAGAACCGUUCUGACCGCUGCAUCCACUACCUCCUCGUCGCUAUGCUUGGAAGAAGAAAAGAGCAUGACGAGAAAGUAAAAGAAGCGAUGUUCCCAAAUGCAUCUCUGUUGCGCUUGCUUAUUUUCUUCUCGCAUAGCACGGUAAGGUACGUGUGCACUCCCUGGCGAAGUCCACCCUGCCACGGCGCAACCUGGAGGUAUUCGGCACGAGGGGCUUCCAGUCCAGCAGCAGAGGGGAGAUGUGCUCCUGGCUUCACAAGAGGGAGGACGACCCGGCCCUGUGGUGCAUCUACGAGAACGAGAUGACACAGGCGGCCCCGGGAAUGUUCAGAGAAAUGGUGCGCGACCGGACGACGAGCGACAUACAGCUCGCUUCCCCCUGCGCCCAGCAGCAGC